AUGCCGCGAUCCUUCUCAACACUUUGGCCAUCGGAUGUCUCUCCUCCUUCACCAUCAUGUGCCGAGAAAGUUCUCACCACUUACGAGCUCCUUGAGAACAUCCUCAUUCAUCUCCCGAUGCACAACAUCUUCACCUGCCAACGAGUUUCACGACAAUGGCAGUCGAUUAUCCAAAGAUCAGUGAGACUACGCGAGGCAAUGUUCCUCACCUCAAGUUCCACGCCGCUCAGACCAGAAGACACCGUCUAUAAUAGAACUGUCUUAUGCUGCUGGAAUCGAGGUCAGACUCUAUACAGAGCCGAGGAAGCUCUCACAUUCAAUCCAGCAGCAUCGGUCGGUGUAGCAUUCUGUAUUCCCCGUCAGUCAUURCUCAAGAAACCCUUUGGCGCGUUCCGCUUCCAUUUACACCACUACCCACGAUUGACAAUCGAGGCUCUUCCGGAAAUCGCACAGGGGGAGAGAGCAUCAUGGAAGGACAUGUUUUUGACUGAACCUCCAGUCAUUGCCAUUGACUUCAUGUUCAGAGGAGGGAUGAGUCCGUUUGGACACUUGUUCGCUUUGUGGAAUCCACACGGGAUCAAGUUCGGAGAUUUGAUUGAUUGGAGGUGGAAGAUUGCGAACGAGAUUGAAGAGAGCGGCAGGGAGGCAGUGGGAGAGAUUGAGUGCAGUUUUCAUGUGACUUGGCCUGGAUUUGACCCGAGAGAGGAAGUCUGGUAG